UCCCACGUAUUCUCUAAUUUUUUAAUUUAGCAAAAUAAAUACAAAGAUACCCCGACUUUCAAAACUUGCAACCCACACUCUCCCUCUCCCCCGCAUCCUACUCCUCGAAAUAUAAACCGUUUGCUCUGGUGUUUCCCCCCAACGAUUCAAAUUUCUUACGAACUUAGCCUCAAACUGAAGCUUCAGACUAGAAAAUGGCGAUAUCUCGGCAUGUCAUAUCUUCAAAACAGCCAUUAGAUGAUGGUGAUGACUGUAAACUUGAGGAAUUCAGAAAACCUAAAACAGUGAUGCGGAAGUAUCCGCCUCCAAAGAUCAGAAUCGGAGUAGAAGCAGUCCGUGAUUUCCCUCCUGGUUGUGGAAUCUUGCAGGAUUCUCUUGUGAGCAAUGCAGACAGGAAGCCUUUGAAGAAAUUAGAUAUUGGGAAUGACAAUAUUGUGAACUCUCAGCCUUUUGAAGAUAAGAAACUCGAUAGCAUUAAACAUGAAGGAUUAGGGUUCAAGAAACCUUCUUUUGGCACAAGGCAAUCUGGUAAAGUGGAUCAACCUCCUGUUUGUGGAAUCAUACAUGAAAGGAAGCCUUUGAAGAAGUUAGACAAUGUCGACUCAAAGUUGGUAGAGUGUCAUCCUUUGGAGAACAGCAAACUCAAAAGUUUCAAACCUAAAGAAACAGGGAUCAACAACCACUCUUUUGGAUCAAGGCCAAUUCAUAAAGUUCAAUAUUGGGAUCCAACUUCUUCAAAUGACGAUAAUGCCCAAAAAGCAAAAGACACCAACACUAUCGUAUCACGAAAUGAACAAAUUAGACGCGAAAAGAUUCGCGAGGCAAUGAUCUUGUUUGAUAAAGUUUACACUCAUUUACUCAAAGACAACGGAUCAAGACAAAAGGGUGAAAAGAUAACUCAUUGGAGAGUUCCCAAAGAGGCUGCAAAAAUGGUCAAACAAAAGCUAAAAUGGAUGAAUGCUGACAAGACAUUAGGUCAGAUCCGGGGUAUCCAGCCUGGCGACAUGUUCAAACUUAGGUCACAGCUUCAAAUGGUAGGUCUUCAUUGCCAACUACUUAAUGGUAUAGACUACACCAGCAUUGAUGGAAAGAAUCUUGCUAUAAGUAUAGUUGACUCUCAUCGUUACUCAAACCAAAGUCAAUCUUGUGAUGUGCUUACUUAUUGUGGUGAAGGUGGUGGGGCCGGGUUCUUAGGGUCUAAGCCACAGGUGGCACCUGAUGAUCAAAAACUUGAAAGGGGUAAUCUUGCUUUGAAGAACAGUAUGAUUAAGAAAAGUCCAGUUAGGGUGAUUAGGAAACUUGUUGGAGUUGGAAAGAAGAACAAUGAAGUGUUUGUGUAUGAUGGGUUGUAUACUGUGAAGCAUUGUAAACAUAAAAGAGGUUCAGAAGGGAAUAUGGUGUUCAUGUUUGAACUGCAUAGAAUGCCUGGUCAACCUCAAGUUCAUAAAAGGGUCAAUGCUAUACCAGGUUUCUCUCAGGAUCACGAGACGGCACCGGCUCGAUUGUACACACUAGAGAAAGAGUCAUGUUUUGAGGAUCCUGGUUUAUUAUGCAAGUGAAGAUGGAGUUACGUUUUGUAAUUCGAUUAUGAAUGAGAUUUUAAGCAAAGUAUUUUAAGAAUUAAACGACUGUUUUUAAAUGAAAAAUU